ACGGCGGGGAAGGGCCUGUGAGGGCCUCCGUAGGACAGUUUUCUGUCGACUUGGCUUUUCAUUGGUUGUGGGUGGAGUGGGCGGGACGCCUAGGAGCCUGAGGAAGAGGGCAGCGGCGGUUGUGGUGACUGAGCUGAGCCCGGUGACAGGAUGGCUGGGCACAGAUUGGUGUUGGUAUUAGGAGAUCUGCACAUCCCACACCGGUGCAACAGUUUGCCAGCUAAAUUCAAAAAACUUCUGGUGCCAGGAAAGAUUCAGCACAUUCUCUGCACAGGAAACCUUUGCACCAAAGAGAGUUAUGACUAUCUCAAGACUCUGGCUGGUGAUGUUCAUAUUGUGAGAGGAGAUUUUGAUGAGAAUCUGAAUUAUCCAGAACAGAAAGUUGUGACUGUUGGACAGUUCAAAAUUGGUUUGAUCCAUGGACAUCAAGUUAUUCCAUGGGGAGAUAUGGCCAGCUUAGCCCUGUUGCAGAGGCAGUUUGAUGUGGACAUUCUUAUCUCAGGACACACACACAAAUUUGAAGCAUUUGAGCAUGAAAAUAAAUUCUACAUUAACCCAGGUUCUGCCACUGGAGCAUAUAAUGCCUUGGAAACAAACAUUAUUCCAUCAUUUGUGUUAAUGGAUAUCCAGGCUUCUACAGUGGUCACUUACGUGUAUCAGCUCAUUGGAGAUGAUGUGAAAGUAGAAAGGAUCGAAUACAAAAAAUCUUAAAGCCAGCCCUGUCUUGAUGAUUUUACUGGGUGUCUUUUUUUUGGUUGUUGUUCAUUCCUUUGUUCAAAUCAAGUAAUUAAACAUUUAAGAGCCACAGAAUUGUAUCACUUUUAUAAUAUUUUACAGUAAAAUAUACCAUCUUCUUUGUUAAUACAUUAUUGCUCUAAGCUUCUUCUAAACUAUAAGAAUAUAUUUAGUUUACAGUAUAUGGCUUCUAUGAAAAAAUGUCCACCACACAGUAAAUGGUCAUGUGAUGAAAAAAAUUUAUCCUUGUAAAUAUCCUCAUAGUUGAUAUUUGGAACUUUAUUCUAAAAGAAGUGCAUGAGGAGAAAGAAUCUAGACUUUCUUGUAUACAUUUUUCUUUUCUCCAAUAAUAAACAUUUACUUUACAUUUAUA